AUGAAAGAGAUCUUCCCAAAACAGAGUCUGCAGGGGAAGACAUUUUUAUAUUGUGAGCCACAUAAGAGAAUUAAGGAAGUACUGGAAGAAGAACUUUAUAUUAAGAGAGAUGAAUGCCGCAUUAAAAAUCCACCUGCAGUGGCCCUGGAAGGGAUUUGGAGCAUUAAAAGGAAUCUCCCCUUGAAGCCAGCACUGCCCAGCAGAAACACUUUACUGCCACAAGCCAAGUACUACUCGAGGCACGGAGGCCUGAGAAGUAAGGUCCCCACGCCCCUGACUCCACCAGGGCCCUGA